GGCAGAGAGACAUCAGGAGCUGCCCAUAAAUCGCUUUGGAAGAGGACAGAGCGAGAGGAGAGAGAGAGAGAGAGAGCUGGAGACAGAGCAGAUGCAUUGGCAGGAGCAGAGAUCAGGGUUUUUUCCCCUUCUUCUUCUUCUCCCUCUCUUUCGUCUCUUUUGUUGUGUCGGCACAAAUAAAAAUCUGAUGAGCGUGGGCAAGGACCACCACCAUCAUCAUCACUAGCACCACCACCUCACAGCAAGGCUGUCGUACCCAACCCCUUUUGCCAGAGCUGGAUCCCAGCGUGUGGAACUGGUUGUGCGGCAGGCUAACGCAGGGCUAGCAGGGGGGCUGCAAGGCUCUGUGGCAGUGAGAAGAGGAGGGGAAGAAAAGGAGGAGGGGCAGUGGUGAGCUGGUGGGCUUCCUCUGCCUCACAGACACAUUUUAUUGACUUGCUAAUUGGAUGAGGCGCUCGGAGGAGAGGAUGCAGUGACCGAGAGGAGCUCUCCAGAGGAGGGAUACAGGCACAAGGAGGCUUUGCUUUGGGACGCAGCGACUUCAUGUCUUUUUGAGGACAAAAAAAUUGGAGACAUAACAACAGAUGUUUUUCAGCAUCUCCCUGUGACCCUCACACCGUUCUCUCAUAAUUUUAUGCAUGACAUUGUCGAAUGGAGGCUCCAGCUGCCAGACGCUUCGUGACAAAUGAAUGAUUUCCAUUUUGAUGUUUUCUCCCCCCUGUUCCAUCUCACCUGUUUUUUCUCCCGGACUCAUCAGAUGAAGCUCUUCCUUUUUUCUUUUUUUUUGUCAGCCUGCUUUGAUGUGCCAUCUGAUAUGAGCGUUAAUCCGAUGGCGAGAUAAAGUCCUCAUCAAAUGAAAUGUACACAGAGCUUUGCAAUGGAUCUUCUUCAGGAAAAAAUUAAGUCUCAUCCCGGUUGCCAUGACGGAGGUGUGUAGGUCUGGCUAGGUCAGAGAGCAGGUGCCACUGUGCUGAGGUGUCUGCCGUCCCAAUGAGCAACGCAGGCAACCCACAGAGACGCACCACCUACCUCAUCUCCCUCACUCUGGUGAAGGUUGAGGCUUUGCCAGAGGAUGAUGCAGAGAACCAGAAGGAGGCUCUUCCAGAGGGGGAAGGGAGCCCCAAGAAGAAGAUAGAAGAGGAGGAGGAGGAGGAGGAGGAGGAGGUGAGAGAUGUCCCUGAAAAGGAGGAAGGACUUGUAUGUGCGGAAGUGGUGGGAAAAGAAAUCGCACAGGUGGAAGAAGAAUAUGUGGAGCAGGUGCCGGUCAAGUAUGGAACCCCCACUGAGAGCAGAAGGAAACCUGAGUGGAGGGAAACUCACAGACACCAAAAAGACACUGCAGCAACUGGUAAAAGCAAAGACACUUAUCACAUACAUGCACCUGUUCGGCAAAUGGUCAAAGUCUAUGGAGGAACUUCCUCUGAGGGAACUUUCCGCAGAGAGGGGCCUCGCUCAGACGCCUUGCGCCCGAAGACGGAGCUCUACCGGGAGCCACCCAUGCUCUUCCUAAAGGGAGAAAAUGGAGCAGACCUGAGCAGCCGCUCACGUUGCAGCCUCCCUUUCUCCAUCCCUCCGCAGGUUAGCCAGCGCCCUGAGGUCCUGAUGAGGCCUCAUGCAGGAGGCAACUCUGCAGCCUGGAGGGAUCUUAGAGAGGCCAACACCAGCCUGUAUCACUCUGCUAAGACUUUGGACCGCAGGGACAACCGUGACCAUUCCGCCCUAAUGGCAGCUACAACUCUGGGGCCUUACAGGGCAUCGUGGGCCGACAGCGAUGGCAGGGGCAUGCUCAUUCGCCCUGGAGCUCCCAUCAGCGGUGGGUUUUCAGGCGUAAUGACGCGGGACAGUCCACAGGGGGAGAGAUUUAAGACCGUUUCUGUUUCUCUGCCCACGCCUCCUGCCACGGAUGUGUGCAGGCCUCAGAGGAAAACAACUAGUCGUACCCUGGACAACAGCGACCUACAUUCCCUCUCUGAUGACCUGAGGAAGGGGAAGGAGGGUCAGGGAGGAACAAUCCAGCGAGCUCCACCUCGUGACCGCAAGAUGCUCAAGUUCAUUAGUGGGAUUUUCACCAAAAGUGCAGCUGUGCCACCCACUGUUAACACCGCGUGUCCUCUCUAUCCAGCUGUGGAGAGGGGCUCAAGUGAAGAGGAAGGUGCAGUCACCAGCAGUCAAGAAUGGACCAUGACCCAAACUGUACAAGAGCUUCACCUGGGUGUUCUGGGAGGUUUGUGCAGUGGGAAGUCUGCUCUGGUCCACAGACACCUGACAGGAAGUUACCUGCCGCUGGAAAACGCUGAGGGACGCCAGUAUAUCAAGGAUGUCCUAGUUGACGGACAGAGCCACCUUUUGAUUAUCAGAGAGGAGACAGAGCUGCCCGGAGCUCAGUUUGCGAGUUGGGUGGAUGCAGUGAUCUUAGUCUUCAGUCUGGAAAAUGAGGCCAGCUUCCUGGAAGUUUACAAAAUCUACCACCAGCUCGCCAUCCACCGGCCCGUCGCCGAGAUACCUUUCGUAGUAGUUGGCACUCAGGAUAAGAUCAGCAGCACCAACCCCAGAGUGAUCGAUGACGCCAGGGCCAGACAGCUGUGCUCAGACGUGCGGCGCUGCACCUACUAUGAAACCUGUGCCACGUACGGCCUCAACGUGAACAGAGUCUUCACUGAUGCUGCUCAGAAAAUCAUGGCAGCCAAGAAACAAGCUGCUUUGCUGGCCUCCUGCAAAUCUCUCCCUAACUCUCCCAGUCAUUCUGGAGGCUCCACCCCGGUGUCAGGCGUCUUUCCAGGACAGGCCAGUAACGGUGGUCAGAGCAGCGAUUACUCCUCUUCACUUCCCUCCACUCCUGUCAUCAGCCAUAAGGAGAUCGGCAGGACAGCGAGGGGGGAGAAACAGGACAGUGCCACGCCAGGGACAGUCCGCAGCGCCACCCGAAGACGCACCUCUCGAUUUGCGGGUCGGAGGGGCAGCGACUCAAACAGGAGAAGUGCAGACUAUAAGGGCGAUCUGGGCAUUGGACGCUCCAUCCCCAUCAAACAGGGCAUCUUGCUGAAGCGCAGCGGGAGCUCGCUCAACAAAGAGUGGAAGAAGAAGUAUGUCACGCUCUCCAACGACGGCAUACUGUCCUAUCACUCCAGUGUCAAUGACUACAUGCUGAAUACCCCGGGGAAAGAGAUGGACCUGCUGAGAGUGACGGUGAAAGUGCCCGGAAAGCGACCCCCUCGCGCUGUUCCCGCCUGCGGCCCUCCAGCCGGGCUCAAUGGCCGGGUCAAAGACAUGCCGGGACCCGAGGGUUUGAGCCCAGUGCCUGUAAGUGCCAGCGGCCUCCUGCAAGUGGAGGAAAUGGAAGGGCUGGGCGGUGCGCUCUUCCUGAGGAGUAACAGAGGGGUGCAACGGUGUCCUUCCACAUUGUCCAACCCCGCUCAGAGUGUGGACUCUGCAGUCGAGGGAGUCUCCAGCUCCUCCUCCACCAAAGACGUAGGCUGUGCCUCCCCAGUGACCGACAGGAAGAAGCAUCGCAGGAAGAAGAGCAUGAACCAGAAAGGAGACGCAGCCACGGGCCAAGCUGACGCCAAGCGCAAAAUGUGGAAACUUAAAAGCUUUGGUAGCUUAAGAAACGUAAGCAAGACAGAUGAGGACAAUUUUGACUUCCUUAUCGUGUCGAGCACCGGCCAGACGUGGCACUUUGAAGCCCAGAGUGUGGAGGAGAGAGACUCCUGGGUCCAGGCCAUCGAGAGCCAGAUCCUGGCCAGUCUGCAGCUGUGUGAGAGCAACAAAAACAAGGCUCGCAGGAACAGCCAGAGUGAAGCAGUGGCUCUGCAGGCGAUCCGCAACGCAAAGGGCAACAACUUCUGUGUUGACUGCGAUGCUCCGAAUCCGACCUGGGCCAGUCUGAACCUGGGCGCUCUCAUCUGCAUCGAGUGUUCGGGGAUCCACAGAAACUUGGGGACCCAUCUGACGCGUGUUCGCUCGCUCGACCUCGAUGAUCUCCCCCGAGAGCUGACUCUGGUGCUCAGCGCCAUCGGCAACCACAUGGUGAACAGUAUAUGGGAGGCGCGCACACUGGGGCGACGCAAACCAGCUCCUGAUGCUUCACGAGAGGAGCGGGAGUCGUGGAUCAGAGCCAAGUAUGAGCAGAAACUGUUUGUGGCACCGUUGCCUCCUCCCACUCCCGGAGAGGGCCCAGACAUCACGCUAUCUGGCCGCCUUCUGCUGGCAGUGAUGGAGCACAACCUCCCAAAGCUGCUGCUCCUCUUGGCUCACUGCACGAAGGAGGACAUUAACGCACCGCUCAGUCUGGCCCUCUCCUCCAGGUCGCUCUUGGCGCUGCGGCUACCCGGCUCUGCCCUGCACGCUGCCUGUCAGCACGCCGAUGUGGUGAUGACGCAGCUCCUCGUCUGGUAUGGCUGUGAUUUGCGGUAUCGGGACGCUCAGGGCCUGACGGCGUUGGCUCUGGCCCGCGGCGCUGGCAGCCAGGAGUGCGUCGACAUCCUGCUCCAGUAUGGAUGCCCAAAUGAACCGGCCCCCUCCAUCGCCACAACGGUCGGCUUCGCAGCAUCCGCCACAUCCAGCUUCCCUGUUGCCAUGGCGCCGAGCCUGACGGUUGCCACGACGCUCAAGAUCUCACACAGGAGCAGCGGCACCAGCUUGAGCUACAGCACGUCUAGAAGAGCAGUGUCAUAAUGAAAAAUGUGGUGUGGUGUAACAUGCGUGUGUGUGUGUGUGUGUGUGUGUGUGUGUUUCAGGGAUGAAAACACACUGGUAGUAACACAGGCACAUUCAGUCUGCUUGAAUGAUUUAACCAAAACAAAAAAAAAUCCUGACCACACGCGACAUGACGUCCAGAUUCCUCUGCAUUCAGACUUCAUAGGAAUGUAUUGCACUGUAUACCAGCUGGUAUGAUUCACUUUUCAUCAUGCAGUUAUUGUUCCACCAGGUUUGAAUAUUGACUCUGUUACAAAUGCAGUAUAUUUACUCUGUUGAGAAUGGAAAUCUGCCUUUGGCCUCAAACAGCUUAGCUGAGCAUCUGGAGCCCAGAAGUAAAGAGCUGCAAUAAGUUUACUAUUAGAGAGAUGGACGUCUCCGUUUUUCCGACUCUGUCUCGCUUGAAAUCCCAAACGUCAAACACAUCCAUACUUCUUCCUAACUUUAUUGACCAUGAAUGUCCGUUUGAAAUUCAGAGUGUGUAUACUGUGUUGCCUUCAGCACAGCUGGUCGUUGACUGCGAAUAUAAUGUCCUGUGAGUUGAUUUAAGAAAAAGGAAAAAGAAGAAACUUUACAAUGGUAGAAAAACAAAACGGUUUUAAAGAGAUUCAAAAAUAACUGUAUAGAGAUAGAUUGAUAAAAUACUAUAAUAUUCUACAAAUUUAAAAGUGCUUCAUUUUGCAGAUUGUUAUUGUACGAUUUGUACACUUGGUUGUGUGUAUAAAAGUCAAAGGGUUAACUAUAGCUGUUCAGAGAUUUACUGCACAGCCUCUUGUGUUGGUUUUUCCCUCGACUGAGAUUUCUAUGUUACGUCUGCAUCACUGUGUGUGUGACAUGAACACAGUACAUGAUCUGUGUGUCGUGACAGCAGGUCAUUAUCAAGAAGAGUGUGUAAACGCGAAUGUAUACAAAGAUUAUUAUUUCAAACACUAACGUUGUUUUCCAGACAAUAUUCCUGCUGUGACGAACAUAUCCAAGGAUCUGAUCUCUAAAACUGGGCCUUUGAAUGAUGACGAUUAUGUUUGCAAGUGGCUGAAAAUCAACAUGAAAUAGAGGCAUGUUGCCCCAAAUUCACUACUUUUAAAAAUGCAUAAAAAAACAACUGUCCUGCAGAACUGUAUGUAUUUAUUUUGUGUAGAUCUGAAGACUCCGCUGAGUGUACGUGUCUGUGAUGUAAGCAUCUCUCUCCAUUUGUAUUUUUAUACCCAUGGAAUGAUUCAUAGGGCAUUCAUCCAUUAUCAAUACACUAAGGCUACUGCUCAAGCUGUGGUGCUUUGUCAGAGUUGUGUGUGUUUUUCUGUGUCGGGGCUCUUAGCAAACCUUUAAUUAUUUCAAAUAUAUAUAUAUGUGUUAUAUCUUUGACUUAUUUGGAUACUUUAAUCAAUCUAUAGAGUUUACACCCAUGAGGCUCCAGCACAUGAGAGCUCAGCUGCCUCGAACAGGUGGAGUCCUCCAGUAUCCGGUGGUCAUCACUUAACACUUUACUAGCAUUUAAACAGGAGAUCUUCUGGAUCAGACCAGUUCUUUUUAAAGGCCCCUACUCUGACCUACUUUUUUUCUAGGUCAAAGUCUGUUUUAUAUUAUCACACUCUGUCUGCGAUGGUUUCAGUUUCAUGGAUUCACAGUAGUAAAGUUUUUUGUUCCUGUGCAAACACAUGUAAAGACAAACGUGACACAACGAACACAUUGACUCGAAGGCAACAUCAGCCCUGAUGCCAACAUGCAGAUGCUGUGUAGAUUUAUAAAUGUCGGAGUUCAGGAACCAUAGUAAAAUAUAGAAAACAUGAAGUUGAUAUGUAUGAUAUAGAAUAAUGAUAUAUAUGAAUGAUACAGAUAAAUGGAAAAAGCCCUUUGUUAUAACCAUCAAAGUACCAAAAGAAAAAGUGCACAUAAAAAAGAGGAAAACUCAUCAUCAACGUCUUCUAAAGAGAAAUGUACCUCAUUGUAAAUGGUUUGAAAACUCAAGGCCAGAUGACUAUUGUAAUUCAUGGAAUCAAAUUGCAUUUGCAAAGAUGCUCCUGAGAGUUCAGAUUAUGUGUUUUGAAUGAUUUGAGCCCCACAAACCAGAGAUGAACUCCACUGUAAUUGGACGAGCUGUAGCCAUAAACUGAGAAUAACACCAGGGCCGUAUAUGUGCCUGUUAUAGAUUGUGAUGCAUGAAAGAGGAAAAAGCAGUUGUGUGUUUUCAGUUCAAUACAGACAUUGAUUCAAUCCACCUCUUUGUGUUGACAUUGCUGUAAAACUCUUUGGCACUGGAACGUGUACAUGAACCCGAAAAGUCCAAGAUGUUUUACUCCGAGGUGAAUUUAGCCUAACAUUUGUUAUCAUGAUUGUUGGUGUCUUACAUUAAAAAAAGAAAAAUGAUUGCAAAGUUUAAUGUUGAUGUUACAAAAGGUUACAUUUUUGUUGGUCUUUUUAUGCUGUUUUAGAGCUCGACAUGAUGUAGUAUGUUUUUAUCUUUUUGGGUUCAUUUUGGACCAUUUUUAUAUUCCAACAUGACUCUGCUCUGCAGCGAGUUUUGAAAACUAAAAUUGAGACUGAGAGCAGAACCAGUUCAACAGCAGAGUGUCUGAAAUCCCUCAUUGCUUUAAAACCAUAUUCAAAGAAAAUAAUCUGCAAAACGAAUGAAUGUACGAUGAUGAUUAGCAGAGAUGAUCCACCUCAUCUUGGAAACAAAACUAAAAUACCUUUCCGCUCACAAAAUAAAGCGAGGCUGCUGUGAA